UCCAGCUAUCCAUACUUGUUCCACCAGCCCCGAAAUCUCUAUCAAAAUGAUGAAAAUUACCCUCUGCGCUUUAGCCGCUUUUGCGCUAGUUUGCGCUUUGCCCCAAGACCCAUCGCAGGCGCAAGCGCAGCCGCCCGUACAAAUCGUCAAACAAGAUUCAGAAGUCGAUGUUAAUGGAUACAACUUUGAGUUUGAGACCAGUGAUGGAACGUCAAGACAAGAGCAAGGAGAGUACAAGAACGACACUGAUCAGCAAGGUCUAUCCGUGAAAGGCAGCUACAAGUACGUCGCUCCUGAUGGUCAGCAAAUAUCCGUGACCUUCGUAGCCGACAAGAACGGAUACCAGCCAUCUGAAAGCACCGGUGAUAACCAACCUGCUGCCCCGGCCCAAGCUUGAAAUCCUACGAUCAUAUCAAUAAGUGCUUAAUACCAAAUAUGAUAUCCAAUACUCAGUAGCGGACUGUACAUAAUCAAUCACAAACGCGAUCAGUGUCAUCAUCAAAUAUUUUGUGAUCAGAUCAGAUCAGUAUCCAUUCAAUCUUGAUAGCGACCAAUGAUUUUAAACACCGAACGUUUGAGAUUGACUGUGUACAGCUGGCUUAAAACAUCUUAAAACUGUAUAACUAUAAUACAUCUUCCAAACAACACCUUUGUUUGCUGUAACUAAGCUUCAAAGCUAAGUUCUGUGCGUCUGUCGCAUUGUAGUCAAAAUUGACAUGAAACGUAUU